AUGUCCAUGUCCACCAACAAGGCUCCAGGCAAAGAUAAAGUAAGCAUGCGCAUUAUUACCAGUCAUCCUCGGACCAUCAACAGAUAUUAUUAAUGCUUCACUGACGUCUUCUGAGUUCCCACAAUCUUGGAAGGAGGCGGAAGUUAUUCCACUAAUAAAGGAGGGUGAUCAUGAACUACCAUCCAACAAUCGUCCCCUUUCCUUACUUAUAGUUGUGUCAAAAAUUUGCGAGAAGGUCGUUUCAUGCCAAUUUACAACAUUUUUGUUCCAUAAUGAAUGUCUGACAUCGCAUCAAAGCGGUAACAGAAGAUAUCAUUCCUCGGAAACUUUGAACGUUUUGGUUGAUGAUAUCAUAUUGGAAGCUAUGGACCAGAAAUCUGUAACUGCACUUUUACUAUUAGAUUUAUCGAAGGCAUUUGAUAGCGUACAUCACCCAACAUUGCUUAACAAGCUAAGACACAUUGGCGCAUCUCCUGAGGUAGUGAAGUGGUUUGAAAGCUACUUAACGGGCAGAUCACAAUUUGUCCGUAUUGGAACGUCUGUUUCGUCAUCUCUUAACAUCACUCACGGGGUUCCACAGGGUGCUAUUUUAUCUCCACUCUUGUUUAGCAUCUAUGUAAACGAGUUACCACUGGCCCCACGUCACAGCUCCCUUAAUUCAUAUGUUGAUGAUUCAAAGAUGUUCUUGUCAUUUCGUGUUAAUGACGCGACUGACACAAAAGAGUACCUUCAGGCAGAUCUGAGCCGAGUAGCAAAAUGCUGCUCUGAACUUCAUCUACUUAUUAACCCGAAGAAAACCAAGUAUUUACUUAUCGGAACACGACAACAGUUACAAAAUCUCCCUACAGAUAUGUGCCUAAAUUUUCUAGGUGAAACUAUCAGGCCAGUUCCUUCAGCCAAGGAUUUAUGA